UGGCCGUGACGCGCGGCCCAGGGGAAGACCACAUAGAUGUCACCAGAAUGCUACGACUAUCGAGGUUUCAUACCCGACAACUUGUGUAUGGAAAUCACUUCGCGAAGCUCGCUUUUUGAGAGAAACUUACUUUUUUAAGAGACACGGUGAAUGCGGUGAAAGCGGUGGAGACCUCCGGAUCACGAAAUGUUGGGAUGGAAGGCGCAGACUUUGACUCGCCGUCUCCAACAGGAGUAUGAAGCCCUACUUCACGGGUGUGAGAUCUCCGAGAGUGAAACUCUGUUCUCUUGGGAUAUCGCUACACGCUUUCGGGGAAAUACUAUAAAGUGGGAAACCAUAUCGCUGUCCCCGCAACAUGGCCUCGGCUGGUAAUGCGCCCUCCGAGCAGGAAAACAGAGACCCCGAUCGGCCGAGGAUAACGCGGAGGAACAGGGGGGACUAUACCCGCAACACACCGCUGGAUUUGGAGUAUUUGCAGCGGCCGAGUUACUGCGAUGCGGGCUUUGCUCUGGAGCAGAUUUCAGAGGGGAAGGCAACUGGGAGGAAAGCACCUCUGUGGCUGAGAGCGAAGUUCCAGAGACUUUUAUUUAGGCUGGGCUGUUACAUUCAAAAGAACUGCGGAAAGUUUUUGGUUGUUGGCCUCAUGAUUUUUGGAGCUUUUGCUGUGGGCUUACGGGCAGCUAAUUUGGAAACGGAUGUGGAGAAGCUCUGGGUGGAAGUUGGCGGGCGUGUGAACCAGGAACUCAAGUAUACAAGACAGAAGAUAGGCGAGGAGGCCAUGUUUAACCCUCAGCUGAUGAUCCAGACGCCGCGGGAGGAGGGAGCCAAUGUUCUAACUGUGGAGGCGCUCCUGCAGCACCUGGAUUCAGCUAUCCGAGCCAGCAGAGUUCAUGUUUACCUUUAUAACAGACAAUGGAAAUUAGAGGACUUAUGCUACAAAUCAGGGGAAGUAGUCACAGAAACACAUUACCUGAAUCAGAUCAUAGAAAGGCUACAUCCCUGCCUCAUCAUCACACCUUUGGACUGCUUCUGGGAGGGGGCUAAGCUCCAGUCUGGAACAGUCUAUCUCUCAGGCAAAGAACCUAUGCAGUGGACCAAUUUUGACCCUAAGGAAUUCCUUGAGGAGUUGCAACAGCUAAACUACCACGUGGAAAACUUUGAGGAGAUGUUAGAAAAAGCAGACAUUGGGCACGGCUACAUGGAUAGACCCUGCCUGAACCCUGCCGAUCCUGACUGCCCUCGCACCGCGCCCAAUAAGAACUCGACUAAGCCAUUCGAUGUGGCACGGGCUCUGAGUGGAGGCUGCCAUGGUCUGGCCAGGAAGUACAUGCACUGGCAGGAGGAACUGAUUGUUGGAGGGACCACCAAGAACGGCAGCGGACCCCUGCUCAGUGCCCAGGCCUUGCAGACCAUGUUCCAGCUGAUGACUCCCAAGCAGAUGUUUGAGCACUUUCGGGGCUACGAUGAGGUUUCCCACAUCAACUGGAAUGAAGAAAAGGCUGCAGCUAUACUUGAAGCCUGGCAGAGGCGGUACUCUGAGGCGGUGCAGCACAGUGUGUCAGCAAACUCGUCUCAGAAGGUCUUAUCUUUCACAACCACCACUCUGGAAGAUAUUCUCAAGUCUUUUUCUGACAUAAGUGUUAUCCGCGUGGCCAGUGGGUACCUUCUGAUGCUGGCCUAUGCAUGCCUGACCAUGCUGCGAUGGGACUGUGCCAAGUCUCAGGGGGCUGUAGGGCUGGCAGGUGUCCUCCUGGUGACGUUGUCAGUAGCAGCUGGUUUGGGCCUCUGCUCCCUCCUGGGCAUUUCCUUCAAUGCUGCCACUACGCAGGUGCUUCCCUUUUUGGCUCUGGGAGUUGGAGUAGAUGAUGUCUUUCUCCUCGCCCAUGCCUUCAGUGAGACCGGGCAAAACAAGAGGAUCCCAUUCGAGGAUCGCACGGGGGAGUGUCUGAAGAGGACAGGGGCCAGUGUGGCUCUUACCUCCAUCAGCAAUGUCACAGCAUUCUUCAUGGCAGCGCUCAUCCCCAUCCCAGCGCUCAGAGCCUUUUCUCUACAGGCUGCAGUGGUGGUGGUGUUUAACUUUGCCAUGGUGCUGCUCAUCUUUCCUGCCAUCCUCAGCAUGGAUCUCUAUCGGCGAGAGGACAGGCGUUUUGACAUUUUCUGCUGCUUCUACAGCCCUUGUUCCAAUCGUGUGAUUCAGAUGGAGCCACAGGCAUACCUGGAUGGGGCAGACGGGAGUCGCUACAGCCCUUCCCCGUCAUAUCGUACCCCUCCUCCCUCAUAUCACACGCCUCCCCCAAGCUACAGCAGUCCCCCUCCUUCCUACAGUAGCCAUGGUUUUGCUCAGCAGACCCAAAUCACUAUGCAGUCCACAGUGCAGCUCAGGACGGAGUACGACCCCCGAACUCAGGCCUUCUACACCACAGCUGAGCCCAGAUCCCAAAUCUCUGUGCAGCCCAUCAACCCAGCUCCAGCUAGGACCAACCGUAACAACGAGUAUUACAGUAGCAGCAAUCACGCCAACAUCAGCAACAACAACAACAGUGGGGGCCUAAAUAAUGUCGGGUCUCGAGGUUCUGCCAGCUUCUCCCAUCAUCAUCAUCCCGCACCUCCUCCUGCUGCAUCGACCCCAAGUGCUAGCUCAGUUGCUCAGGGUGAUGGAGCCUCAUCAACUGGCCAGAGUCCAGAGAACAACAGCUCCACACGGGACCUGUUGUCCCAGAUUGGAGAAGCCUCGCUGGGCCUACGCUGCCUAGAGCCCCCCUGCUCGCGCUGGACCCUGGCCUCUUUUGCUGAGAAGCACUAUGCGCCAUUCCUUCUGCAGCCCACCACCAAGGUGGUUGUGAUUGUGCUGUUCCUCUGCCUGCUGGGAGUCAGUUUAUACGGGACCACCCAAGUGAGGGACGGCCUGGAGCUAACAGAUAUUGUACCAAGGGAGACAAGCGAGUACGACUUUCUCGGCGCCCAGUUCAAGUUCUUCUCCUUCUACAACAUGUAUGUGGUAACACAGCGCGCCGAUUAUGCCCAAAACCAGCCACUGCUUCACCAGCUCCACCAGAGGUUCCACACCAUUCGCUACGUGCUGAAGGAGGAAAAUGGACAGCUGCCUCGCAUGUGGCUUCAUUACUUCAGGGACUGGCUGCAAGGUCUCCAGCAGGCUUUUGACAAGGACUGGGAGGCUGGCCGCAUCACCCACAACAAUUAUAGGAAUGGCUCUGAUGAUGGCGUCCUAGCAUAUAAACUCUUGGUGCAGACAGGGCGCAGGGACAAGCCCAUCAACUUCAACCUGCUGACUCGCCAGAGGCUUGUGGAUGCAGAUGGGAUCAUCAACCCCGGAGCUUUUUACAUAUACCUAACAGCUUGGGUCAGCAAUGAUCCUGUGGCCUAUGCUGCCUCACAAGCUAACAUUCGUCCACACCCUCCCGAGUGGCUCCACGACCCUACCGACUCCAUGCCCGAGACACGCCUCAGCAUCCCGGCUGCUGAGCCCAUCGAAUACGCACAGUUCCCCUUCUACCUCAACGGGCUCCGGGAGACGCCGCAGUUUGUGGAAGCCAUCGAGAGCGUACGGGCCAUCUGCAGCAACUACAGCCGACAAGGCUUGCCCUCCUACCCCAACGGCUACCCUUUCCUGUUCUGGGAACAGUAUGUUAGUCUACGCCACUGGCUUCUGCUGUCCAUCAGUGUGGUGCUCGCCUGCACCUUUCUCGUCUGUGCCCUUUUUCUGCUCAACCCUUGGACCGCUGGCAUUAUAGUGUUGGUGCUUUCUCUCAUGACUGUGGAGCUGUUUGGCUUCAUGGGGCUGAUGGGAAUUAAGCUGAGUGCCGUCCCUGUUGUCAUUCUCAUCGCCUCUGUGGGCAUUGGAGUGGAAUUCACUGUCCAUGUGGCCCUGGCAUUCCUGACAGCCAUAGGGGAUCGUCACAAGCGGGCAGUGCUGGCACUGGAGCACAUGUUUGCACCGGUGCUCGACGGCGCCUUUUCCACAUUAUUAGGCGUCCUGAUGCUCGCAGGCUCUGAGUUUGACUUUAUUGUCAGGUACUUCUUUGCAGUGUUAGCCAUCCUAACAGUUCUUGGGGUACUGAAUGGAUUAGUCCUGCUCCCAGUAUUACUAUCAUACUUUGGACCUUAUCCAGAGGUAUCACCAGUUGAUGGACGCAGCCGGUUACCAACCCCAUCUCCAGAGGCCCCUCCUCAUGUGGUCCACUUCUCAGUCCGUCCUCACCACACCACUGCAGCCACCACCACCUCUGGUGCAGUUUCAGACUCAUCAGACUCAGAGUACAGCUCAAACACCACAGCAUCCGGUAUCAGCCAGGAGCUGCAAAAUUAUAACCUGCACUCACACAGAGGACAAGCUCGAGCAGACGAGCAGCAGUACCACCUCCAGAUCAGCAGGGGAAGAGCCAGGACAGAGGAGAUGAGGAGGGGAGCAUCAGGACAUCGGCGCUCAGCUAGACAGCCUGACCCUCCAGCCUAUACUGUGUCCUCGGGUUGUGAUACUGGGACGCAGAAUGGAACUACUCCAAACAGUAGCAGGGACCCCAAGAGCCAGGUGCACUGGCAGGGCCCGCCCCCAGCCCGGCCGCGCAUGGACGCUUUUGAAACUGCUACUGAGGCUGGGGGCCAUUAUGGCUCGCAUAGCCAUAGAGAACACUCAGCAGGCCACAGAAGCCGCUCUUCCCACAACCCACAACCUAGUCAUCACCUCCCGCACCAACACCUCAACCCUACUCCAUAUGGCCAACCCAUCACCACGGUGACAGCAUCGGCUUCAGUCACCGUCGCAGUUCACCCACCUCCCUUGUCCAGCCAGGGCCCUGCUUCCACUUACCCAGGAUACACUGCAACAGACAGUUACUGCCCAUCAGGGACAGAGGGGCCAGAGCCUGCCUUCCAGGACCCACAUGUGCCUCUCUACACCCACACAGGGACCAGGGGAGUCAAAGUAGAGUCCAUGGAGCUCCAAGAUUUGGAGUUUGAGGCAGCUGAGAGCAACAGUGGCA